CUAAAGAACAAAUUCUAACUUGUAUAUUAUUUAGCCAUUUUGAAAAGGAAACGAAAAAGAAAAGAGAAAAUGUAGCAAUGGUAAUGCAAUUCUUCCAGGACAAGCCACGCAAGAGAUUCAUUGAAAAUUUGAAAUCGACUGACUUCUCACCUCCGAGCGACGAAUUCCAAUUUCCAACACUGUGAAGAAUCAAGAAUCUCAACCCGCGAAGACGAAGACCUUCGCUAGCCAUGUCGGAACCGAUCAAGUUCGGUGUGCUUUCAAGUUUGUUUGAUUGGAUUCAGCGAAGCAAAUCUUCCGCCAAGAAGCGUUCCAAGUUCCGUAAGUUUCUCGACACUUUCUGCACUCCUGCUGACUAUUUUUCCGCUAUCCGCUUGAUUCUUCCCAACCUUGAUCGAGAGCGCGGCACCUAUGGCCUCAAGGAGUCUGUACUCGCCACUUGCCUUAUUGACGCUCUUGGCAUGUCUAGAGAGUCUGAUGACGCUCGUCGUCUUAUCAACUGGCGUAAAGGUGGUGCUAAGACUGGUGCUAAUGCUGGUAAUUUCGCUCUCGUUGCGGCUGAGGUAUUGCAGCGCAGGCAAGGAAUGACCCCUGGUGGUUUAACAAUUAAAGAGUUGAAUGAUUUGCUAGACCGUUUGGCUUCAGGUGAAAACAGAGCAGAGAAAACCGCAGUUCUGUCUACUCUUAUACAGAAGACAAAUGCACAGGAAAUGAAAUGGAUAGUCAUGAUAAUCCUCAAAGAUCUGAAACUGGGAGUCAGUGAAAAAAGCAUUUUUCAUGAGUUUCAUCCAGAUGCAGAAGACUUAUUCAAUGUUACCUGUGACUUAAAAUUGGUUUGUGAAAAACUAAGGGAUCGUAGACAAAGGCAUAAGCGUCAGGACAUUGAAGUUGGAAAAGCUGUACGACCCCAGCUGGCUUCAAGAGUGUCCAAUGCAAAUGCUGCAUGGAAAAAGCUUCAUGGGAAGGAAGUUGUAGCUGAAUGCAAGUUUGAUGGUGACCGUAUUCAAAUUCAUAAGAAUGGAACUGAAGUACACUACUUUUCCAGGAACUUUCUCGAUCACUCAGAAUAUGGACAUGGAAUGUCUGAUGUUGUUGUUCAUAAUGUUCUUUCCACUAGGUGCAUACUUGAUGGUGAAAUGUUGGUGUGGGAUAAAUCUUUAAACCGUUUUGCAGAGUUUGGCUCAAACCAGGAAAUAGCGAGGGCAGCAAAGGAUGGAUUUGACAGCAAUCGUCAGUUAUGCUAUGUUGCAUUUGAUGUUCUUUAUGUUGGAGAUACUAGUGUUAUUCACAGGAGUCUGAAAGAAAGACAUGAGCUUCUCAGGGAUGUUGUCAAGCCUGUGAAGGGUCAAUUGGAAAUCUUAGUACCUAAUGGUGGUCUUAAUAGUGACUGUGCUGGGUAUCCUUCUUGGUCAAUCAGAGCUUAUAAUGUUGAUGACGUGGAAAAGUUCUUUAAGAGUACCAUUGAAAAUAGAGAUGAAGGUAUUGUUAUUAAGGACCUGGGUUCUAAAUGGGAACCUGGUGAUCGUAGUGGAAAGUGGUUAAAAUUAAAGCCUGACUAUGUUCGUGCUGGAUCUGAUUUGGAUGCCCUCAUCAUAGGAGGUUACUACGGCUCUGGACGGCGGGGUGGGGAGGUCGCUCAAUUUUUAAUGGGUCUUGCUGAGCGUCCACCCUCAAAUGGAUAUCCCAGACGGUUUAUUUCCUUCUGCAGAGUAGGAACUGGACUUACUGAUGAGGAGUUAGAUGCUGUUGUAAAUAAACUGAAGCCUUAUUUUAGGAAAAGUGAAUAUCCAAGGAAGACUGCGCCCAGCUUUUACCAAGUUACAAAUAAUUCAAAAGAAAGACCAGACGUUUGGAUUGAAAGCCCUGAGAAAUCAAUCAUUCUUUCCAUUACCAGUGAUAUACGAACUAUAAAAUCUGAGGUCUUUGCAGCACCAUAUAGUCUCAGAUUUCCACGCAUAGACCGUGUUCGACUUGACAAACCUUGGCAUGAAUGUCUUGAUGUUCAAUCUUUUGUGGAGCUGGUUCAUUCAAGUAAUGGUACCACACAAAGGGGCACAAAUAAUAGUGGUUGGCAAGAUAGUAAACGGAAGUACAUUAAGUCCACUGGAAAGGGAAGGAAAAAGAGCGUUUCUAUUGUUCCUUCUCAUUUACUUCAGACUGAUAUUACAGGCAUUACAGAGGACUCCUUGAUUUUCUCAAAUAUGUUAUUUUACAUUGUUAAUGUGCCUCCAUCCCAUUCUCUCGAUUCCUUGCACAAAUUGAUAGUGGAGAAUGGGGGUACAUUCUCUAUGAAUUUGAAUAACUCUGUUACACACUCUAUUGCAGCUGAUAGCAAAGGCAUCAAAUAUGAAGCUGCCAAACGUCAUGGAGAUGUUAUUCAUUAUUCUUGGGUAUUGGAAUGUUGUUCCCAAAAGAAACUGCUACCUCUAAAGCCUAAGCAUUUUCUCUUUCUCUCUGGUCACUCGAAGAAAAAAUUGGAGGAGGAAAUUGAUGAAUUUUCUGACUCAUACUUCUGGGAUCUUGAACUUUCAGACCUGAAACAGCUCUUAAGCAACGUUAGUAGAUCAGAAGAUGUGAAAGCUAUUGACUACUAUAGGGGGAAAUAUUGUCCAAAACGUGAAUGGUGUAUGUUUGUUGGGUGCCAAAUUUACUUUCUUCCGUUAAGAUUAUAUUUAAAAUCUGAUUGGGGAGUUCUGUUGGAGCUCUCAGUAAGGCGGUUGAAGGUUGAAGUUUCCUUCAGAGGUGGAAAAGUCAGUGAUGACCAUGUUUCUGCUACCCACAUUGUAGUCUUCUCUAUUCCUGGAGCGCCUGUAAGAUAUGAAACAGUAUUAAAAAGUUGCGAUGAAGCAGAGAAACAUGCCAUGUUGAAAGAUAAGAUUCAUAUUGUUACACAUCAGUGGUUGGAAGACUGUUUGGAGAGGGCCCAAAGGUUGCAAGAAGAUGCAUAUAGCUUGAAUCCCAAUGGGAAAAAGUCGAUUGACAAUAUAAAUUCUGGCAUGGAUUUUGAGAUGCCAUCGGCCUCGGAAAAUAUAGACAAUCAGCAAAUUCCCUCUCCUUCCCAGGAGUACAAGGAUCAAGGACGAAAUGAAGCUGCUUCAGGACAACACACACUCUCAUAUUCAACCGAGAGAUCUGGUGGAAAGAAAAGAAGAAGGCCUGCUGCAAGGAGCAUGCAGAAAGGGAAAUCAGGUGUCAAACAGGUUCGAGAAUUUCGGACCCGAACAGCCAAGGGGCCUGCAAAAAUAAGUGAAGUUGAGUCAGACAACAGUGACUAUACCGAUGAAAAAACAAAUGCCGAAACUAGAAAUGUUGGAACAUUAUGCAGUGAAACCUCAGAAAAGAACGAGUUUAAAACGCUAGAAAAUGAGAUAUCUAACACGAAGAAACGAGGAAGACCUACUGCAGGGAACACACAGAAAGGGAAAGCAGGGGCCAAAGCAGUUCGAAGAACUCGGGCACGUAUUACCAAGGGAUCUGCAAAAAUAGGUGAUAUUGAGUCAGGCAGCAAUGACUCUACUGACGAAAAAACAAACACAGACGAACUUAGAAAGGAGAAAGAGGAAAACUCGAAAAGGGAUGAGUUUAAAAUGCUAAUAGACCACGACCCAAAGCAAAAAGGCAAAGCCAUUGAAGAAAAUGUUCGUGCAGAUUUCGGAUCUAAUGUUGACUUUGGAAAAGUUCCGGAAGUUGGUAUAUCUGAAAGGUAUGAUUUCAAAGACGUGGAAAAAUGUGAGAAGCUUGAAAUCAUGAAGGAUCCACUUGAAGCCAUGUUAUUAGAUAUGGUUCCAAGUCUUGGAAUGAGCGGAAGUAAAAGUAGUAGUACUGUUGUUGAGGAGAAGAAACCUGUAAAUAGCAAUUCUGAGCCAGCUAAGAAGAAAGUGAGCUACAAGGAUGUUGCCAGUGAACUGCUCAAGGAUUGGUAAAACAUGGGUUGGGUUGGGUUUUUACUUCAUCUGUCUAUAUGUUUCUAAUGUGAUAAUAUGAUAUUUGUAUCAUGCUGUAAUUAAAUCGUCGUUGUUUAAUCAUUUCAACACAAGGUAUUUAAUUUAUGGUGAGUUUCGGUCUUAGGAUGACCUCAAACGCUUAUUGGUGUUUCAAUUUUACGGAUAUAUAUGAAAAUGUCCCUAGAGUUUCUUAUUGGUUAAAUAAAUGGAUCAUUCUGGAGGACAAUUAUCCAGUGAAGAAGUAAAUCAAAGUCAAAGUUAUGAGAGUUUAUGCUUAAA